AUGAUUUGUCAUUUGAAAUUUAUCUUUCUAUGGAUUUUAUUUCUAACUCAACUCACAGAUGGCGCAACUGUCACAUGGUAUAAACCAACUCCGGUACAGACAACAUUGGAUUCAACUAAAGCGCUCACCCCUGGCAAGUUAGAGGUCUAUGAAGGAUCUUCUGCCACAUUGCAUUGGAACUACAGUCUGUCGUCAACUUUACUUUUAGUUCAAUUACGAUUUAAGGGUGUUUUUAUAGUCGCCGUUUCACCAGAUGGACAAGCUGGUCCUGUUAAUGCUAGUUUUCGGCCACGGUUCAGCGUAAGCUCGACUCCGCAAAGCGUUUCUCUGUUGAUCUCUAAAGUGACUACUGUUGACGAUAAUUCAAAUGGGGAAUUUAGCUGUGAGUUGAAUGAUUUAGCUGGUGCUAAAUGGAGACGUGCAAUUCAGGUGCAAGUCGUAGUUCCACUAAAGAUCAUUGAAAUUAGUGGUAAAACAACUGUUCUUGAAGGCAGCAACUUGCAUUUAACCUGCACCACUUUGGGUCGACCAGAACCAAACAUCACCUGGACCAAAGAGAAGCCUGGGAACCAAGGAAAUACUGUUGUGGUGCAAGAAGGAAAGGUGCUGAAUAUAACAGACAUCAAUAGGACUGAUGCAGGAAAUUAUACCUGUACAGCAAACCAUGGCUUUGGUACACCAGAGAACCAAACAGUUUAUGUGAAUGUUACUUAUCCAACCAAGAUUGUUAAUUUUAGCACUGAGUAUUUAGCUGGUGUAGGACAAAGUAUAACUCUUUACUGUGAAGCAGAAGGAAACCCUCCUUCUAUUUACACUUGGACUCCAUGUAACAAGUUUGUAAAAGGACAAGUUUGUGACAAGAAGACUCUUGUUAUUUCACAAGUCUGUGAAGAUUCCAAUUAUACCUGCAAAGUGGUCAAUGGACUUGGAUCUGAUUCAAAAACUGCCAAUGUUUCCAUUGGAGGAAAGUCGAUUAAUAUAACUAUUAAAAUCGCUGAUGGAAAAUACAAUGAAUCCUCACUGUCAGAUGGAUUUGAUAAAGAGUUCCAAAAGGUUUUCACUGGGCACGGUUAUGAAAAAGUGGAAGUGAGAGGUGACAGUAUUGUUGAGCUAUCACUGCAAUUCAGCACCACCAUAACCCAAACAUAUGUUGUUACAAGACUUCGUGAUGCUGUCAAGGAUGGGCGUCUCGGAAAGUUCGCUGUUCAUUCUACAUAUAUAAAUGGGACCUUUUGUGAUGCUACACCAACAACACCAACACCAACACCAACACCCACAGGUUCCCCUAAACGUAAGUUUUGCGACACCUCACUGAGAUGUUCAUAA